AAUGAGGCGCGUAGUCGUGGUUGCCGUGGUAACGCUGUGUUAAACUCAAGCAGAAAUGAGACUGAAGCGGCUCCACAUUCGCUACUAUCCUCCAGGUAUAAUUCUGGACUAUGAGAAAGGAGGACAGGAGAGGAGCAGAUGCAUCGACCUGCUGCGCUUAACACCAAACACCGAUGUGAAUGAGUUGCUAUCAGAAAUCAGACGAAUCGAGCCAUUAAUCACUGACUCACGUACCGAUCAGGUGAAAGUGCUGAUUAAACGAUUACAGGACAAACUCAGCCAACCAGAUGAACGCAACUUUUACCUGUUCAAGGCGCUUCAGGCUCACAUCCUGCCUCUUACCAAUGUCGCCUUCAAUAAAUCAGGGUCGAGUUUCAUAACCGGGAGCUAUGACAGAACAUGUAAAAUAUGGGACACUGUGUCUGGAGAGGAACUGCACACACUGGAGGGGCACAGAAAUGUUGUUUAUGCCAUCGCAUUCAAUAAUCCCUAUGGAGAUAAAAUAGCUACAGGCUCCUUUGAUAAGACCUGCAAAUUAUGGAGUGCCGAAACUGGAAAGUGUUUCUACACGUUUAGAGGACACACAGCGGAAAUCGUCUGUGUAACCUUCAACCCGCAGAGUACCCUGGUUGCCACAGGCAGCAUGGACACUACGGCUAAAUUGUGGGAUGUGGAGAGUGGUAAAGAGGUUUCCACCCUAGCAGGUCACUCUGCUGAGAUAAUCUCUCUCUCCUUCAACACGGUUGGGAAUCGUGUAGUCACUGGGUCAUUCGAUCACACGCUCACACUGUGGGAUGUACCAUCAGGAAGGCGAAUACACACUCUGAUAGGGCACAGAGGAGAAAUCAGUAGUGUGCACUUCAACUGGGACUGUUCCCUCAUCGUCUCUGCCUCUAUGGACAAAAGCUGCAAGUUGUGGGAUGCUGAGAGUGGCCAGUGUUUGGCGACUUUGAUUGGUCAUGAUGAUGAGGUGCUGGAUGUUUGCUUUAAUUAUACCGGUCAGCUCAUCGCGACAGCUUCUGCCGAUGGUACAUCCAGGGUGUUUAAUGCAGAAACCUACCAGUGUGUAUGUAAACUUGAGGGUCAUGAAGGAGAGAUAUCUAAGGUGUGCUUUAACCCACAGGGGACACGUGUACUAACAGCGAGUGCGGAUAGGACAGCACGUGUUUGGUGUGUGAACUCUGGCUCAUGUCUCCAGGUGUUGGAGGGACACACUGAUGAGAUCUUCUCCUGUGCCUUCAACUAUGAAGGAGACACCAUCAUUACAGGCAGUAAAGAUAAUACCUGUCGGAUCUGGCGUUGAGACUCAAAGAGGGCAACCUUCAGUAUUAACAAACACACACGAACACGUUGUUGAUCUAUUCAGCCUUCUGACUUGCAUAUAAAGGUUGCUGAGAAUCUGCUCACACACACAUACACUCACACUAGCAGUUUAAGAAAGCCUCCUAUGAAAUCUAUUUGUAUCUCCUGUUCACACACCAUUUGUUGCUUCACCUGUUGCUUCACCAUUUGCUUUUUUUCCGAAUAUGAUGACAUACGUUUAAUUAAAACACUGACACUCACCAACAAUUAACAGUACAAUAUGCGUGGGAGUAAAUAGGUAUAAGUGAAAAUAUUGUAGAUUUUAAAGAAAAUUAUAUUCAAAUUAUUUUUGGUAAACAUGUUUUAGCAAUUUUCCUAUUUUACUUCCUAUUAGAAUUUACUUAGACUCCUAAUGUACUUAAUUUACACUCCUGAUGGGAAGCAAGUAGGAAAUAAACUGAAGGAAAUCUGUCAGGUCUGAGCUGUUACAAAAAUGAGUUGUCUUAUAUGGCAGCACUUUGAGACAUGCUUUAAAGGGAACAUAUGUCACCACAUUGCCUGGAUACUGACAUACUAACUCUAAUGUCCAUUAUACAAGAAAUAAAUUAUCAGUGGUGAAAAUGAUACUUUAGAAAAAAAACAGAAAAGUGUAAGUAUGCUGUAACUACAAAUAUAAUCUUAUUAAAUAUAACAAAUAUAAGAAAAAAAUAAAUAUAAAUAACUUUUGUCCACAAAAGUUCAAAGAAUUUCUCCUGUGUUGUCUGUCACCAUUUUUAAAGACUGGCUGGUGCAAUGGAUUAUGGGAGCGAAAGAUACAUAUACUCACCAGCCACUUUAAUAGAAACGUGUAUUUCUUCUUUUUCAGGCAAUUAUUCAAUCAGCCAAUUAUCAGCACUAUGCAUAAAAUCAUGCAGAUACAGAUCAAGAACUUCAGUUAAUGUUCACGUCAAACAGCAAAAUGUGGAAGAAUGUGAUCUCAGUGACUUUGACCAUGGCAUGUUUGUUGGUGCCAGAUGAACUGGUUUGAGUAUCAUGCACAACAGUCUGUAGAGUUUACACAGAAUGGUGCAGAAAAAAACAAAAAAUGUCCAGUGAGUGUCAGUUCUGUAGGCAGAAAUAUUAUAGUUGAUGAGAGAGGUCAGAGAAGAGAGGUGACAGGAAGGCUAUGGUAAAUCAAAUAACUACUCUUUACAACCAAUUGAAAAAGAAGUUUGGAAAAAAACAACAAGGGCAGCACAGUGGCAAGGUAGAUAGCAUUGCUGCCAUGGCUGAAGUCACUGAAAUAAAUUUUUUUUCCCCAUUCUGAAGCUUGUGACUUGUAUCUGCAUGAUUUAUGCAUUGCACUGCUGCCACAUGAUUGGCUGAUUGGAUAAUUGCAUGAAUAAAGCGGGAUAAACAUGUUCCUUUUAAAGUGGCCGGCGAGUGUAUAUAGUAUACUGCCUUCAAAAUCAUCCAGAUGAAGGUACCUCAGUAAGUACCUGUUCUGAAUACAGCCUCAGAAGGCAGCUGUUUUUAUAUUUCACACCCUUAGCCUCAGUGAUGGAGGUUGGGAGAACAUAUUGGAAAGGUUUUGAAAAUUUUUGGAAGUGUUUUACCACAUUUAUCGCCUUAAUGUUUAGAUCCUUUAAUGUACUUGCUAGCUUGCCUGUAUGUUCCGCUUCAUGUCUGCAUAUUGUCCCCCUGCUCUUUGGCUUUGAUUCAUCAAGAUAUGGACAAAGUUAAAAAUGUAUGAUUCUACAUUUUGUUUAGAGUUCUUGCUUAAGCAGAGCAAGGCAUAUAAUACUAGAGAAUUCAGCAUCUUUGAUUUUUUUUAAAUUAGCCACAAUAAUAUGCAUGUUGAAAUGUUCAACGAUAUUUGCAAAAUUCAAGACAUAUAUUGUCCCAGUAUAUGUAACUACACACAUUACACACCUUAUUUUCACUACUGGGCAGAGAAUAAUACUUCACGGGUAGUUAUAGCUAAUACAUGGCCAGUAUGUGUACAAAGUAUUUAAGCUCUUGUGCUAUUUUACAUUUCCAAAGAAAUCUAUUAACCUAAUAUUACGUUAUAACAAUGAGAAGUGAAAGUCUGGAACCGUCCAAGGUUUUUGGACAUAAAAUUAAAAACAAUGCAGCAAACAUCAUUCCAUUGUCAUUGCUGUGCAGAGAAUGUUCCACAAACCAAAUGAUAUCCUUUCCACUGAUGGAUGGGGAAGAUGGAGGCUGACACAUUACACAGGUGUACCUGAUAAAAUAGCAAUUCAGUAAAUAUCAUAUAUAUUACACACACAUAUACAAUGCAUAUACAAUAUGUAUAAAUAUAUAAAAAUUUAAGUUUUGUAAUAGAGCAAUU